AUGGGGAAGAACUUUGAUCCUGAGAGGGACAUUGGAAGUCUGGAGGGAAAGAUUGUGCUGGUUACCGGAGGUAACGCGGGUCUAGGCAAACAGACAGUUGCCUACCUCUCCUCGCACAAGCCCGAACGCAUCUACCUCGCAGCACGCACCGCAUCCAAAGCCCGCGAUGCAAUUGCAGACAUCCGAUCCACGGUUCCGAAUGCCUGCGAGAUCGUUCACCUCCCGCUCGAUCUGUCGUCUUUCUCCUCGGUCGCUGAAGCCGCAGCGACAUUCAAAGCGCGAGAGUCGCGUCUCGAUAUCCUGAUCAACAAUGCGGGAAUAAUGGCGUGUCCCUAUGACACUACGAAAGAAGGCUACGAAAUCCAGCUCGGAACAAACCACAUGGGUCACGCAUUGCUCACAAGACUGCUGUUGCCAACCAUGCUAGACACAGCGAAGCAUCCCGGCGCCGAUGUGAGAAUAAUAACGUUGAGCAGUACGGGCCACUAUAUCACCGUCCCGGGCGGUAUGAGCUUUGAUCAGCAAGGCCUUGAGCAGGAAAAGACGUGGCGCCGCUACGGCAAUUCAAAACUCGCAAACCUCCUCUAUGCGCGCGAACUCGCGGUUCGCUACCCACAGAUUACGUCUGUAUCCCUUCAUCCAGGCGUCAUUCUCACAGACUUGUUCCAAUCCAUGCGCACCAACGUCUUCUUGAAGAUCGGUAUGUGGAUGUACGGCAUUAUCGGGUUGGUGUUGCCGGGGCAUUAUAAGACUCCGAAAGGUGGUGCGCUGAACUCGACAUGGUGUGCCACAACGAGGAAGGAGGAUUUGGUGAACGGGGCGUGGUACAAACCUGUUGGAGUGCUCAAUGGAGGGAGUAAGUGGGCGAGGGAUGAAGGAUUGCAGAAGAAGCUUUGGGAGUGGACAGAGACCGAGUUGGAGAAGCAUGGGUAUUAG